AAAGUGGUGGCAAACCUUCGUCUCUCCUUGUACUACGUCAAUCCCCAGCACGAGGCUGCGGAUGGUUACUGCGACCGAUCUUUCAACGAUAACUGGUGUGACACCUACUUCAUCAUUUGUGUUACUUCUUCGAAUUCGUAUGAAAGCAUUAAAAUUGCGAUAGCAGCAUACGACAGCGAUCGCUUCACAUCUCAUGACCUCAUUGCUAACUUUGAGAACCAUGUUGCGGAAGUUCCGAUUCCAAAUACCGUCGUAAGCGCUGAUCUCGUUAAGACAGAAAACACGGGACACAAUGAACACGUAAAUUUUAAAGAUUGUUUCCUGUUCCAUAGUAUCACAGCACUUUUGGCACUGGAGUGCAUAGAAGGCUUCUAUGGAGAAAAAUGCUCGAUUGAAUGUUUUCCAGAGAAAUAUCCCAGUAUGUUGGGGUGCCACGAAAAUGGAACAAGCAUAUGCCUUCCUGGUAAGCAGUUGGACUAUAGUGCACAUUGCUAUGCCGGCUACAAUCCUUGCGUCCCAUCUCCAUGCAAAAAUCAGGGCCAAUGUGUUAGGACUGGCGAAAAGCACGACACAUUCACUUGCAAUUGUCCAAUUCAGUGGACUGGUAAAUUAUGUCACGUGCAACGAUCGCCGUGUGAAGUGGCCAGUCAAAAAUUGGCUAAUGCAGACCUUCAAGACCUCUUUGGAAUGCACAAGAAGGACAACUAUACCUCCGUUAACGACACCAGCACUAUUAGGUCCGUCAAUGUCUGCAAAAAUGGCGGAAUCUGUGUGGAUCUAAUGGAGGACUUUAAGUUCAUUUGCAACUGCACUAGUGGUUGGAAAGGAGAAUUGUGCACAAUUCCAGAUUGGACCAACGCAAUUAUCGCAGGAUGUGUUGUAUCGGGGUUGGUUGUGAUACUUCUCUGUGCAGUUGUUCCCUGCUGUCUGCGACUGCGAGUGCUCCGUCAAAAAAAACCGAAGAUUCCCAUCGAACCACUCGUCUACGGUCAUGGUGAUGCAAAGGGUCCAGUUACUGAGCGCAUUCCCUUCAAAGAUGUUUUCUACAAUUCCGUUAUAAUGAGUGAUACAAUGGAUUCACAAAAUGCUGACAACACUCAACAGUUCUACGAAUAUUGCACGGUUACGUCUCCUUCAUCAAGGGAAGGUGAUCUAAGCAUUUCCACUUCAAAUGAUUACGAAAUUUCUAUAGAGGACAAACCACCGCCAGAGCUGCCUAUUCGUCCAGACAGUCUGGCGCCUCUACCAAAGUCGUAUAAUACUUUGAUAUGUCAGGACCGCGAUUCGCUUCCAUCCUCGCGGUCUGAGUCAGUGUACAGCCGACAGCCGCUCUUGACUCCACGAACUUCGAGCUUUUUGACUCCAAUGGAGGGGGAGGAACAUGACUCGCAGAACCCCAACGUUCUUCCAAAACGCUCCGUUGAGAAUGACGAGUCAACGCUGACAAAGCUACUCCGUAUUGCAAAGAACUCUCCAAACGAGUGCAACGUAGCCAUGAAGAAGACGUCUGUGAUUGGUUCGCAAUCGAGAAUAAACGAAAUGGUUGAACUCCCUCUCUCUAAGGGCAUACCAAAGUCGAUCGCAAUGCGCAUUGAGGCCUGGGAUUCAGAUCUCUCUACCUCAGAUGACCUCAUCGCGAGGUUUGUCUCCACCGCGGUACCGAUUUCAAGUCACACUGGCUUUAAUAGCGUUGGACUAUCGAAGGAAGAAGAAACGUCUUACAACACAGAAGUGAGAAUCGACGCAUCGGUUAAGCUCACAUGUUCUCCCCAUUAUUAUGGUGAACAAUGCGAAACUUACUGCAAACCCGAUUACAAGUCCUUCUAUUGUGGAGAAAAGGGUGAACGCAUAUGCAUUCCAGGUCAGCGAACCCCCAUUCUCACCUACAACCAAGACGGACGCUCGGCUUGCGAGUGGGAGAAGGAAUUACUUACCAGUGGUACCAACUCCAGCACUGAGAUUUGUCAAAAUGGUGGCGUUUGUCAGGACAAUCCCACCGAGUUCGGCUACACAUGCCUCUGUUCUAGCGGAUGGAAGGGACAGCACUGCGAAGAAGCAGACUAUACAGCUGUCGUCGUAGCUGUAACCGUAAUCCUACUUGCUUUGGUUAUGGUGGCCAUUUUCGUGAUAGUCAUUCGGAGAACCCGAUGGGGAUCGAAAAUUGAUCUAUCAAGUAUCGUGACUAAGUGUAGGAAACAACCACCAAGGUAUUCGAAAAGUGAUGACAGAACUGGAAGAAUUGAGGCUAUUAGCAACGAAAUUUAUGGAGAAGUACCUUCAAACGCUGUCCAAGUUGAAGUUUUAUCGGCCGAGGACGAAUAUGCGAUGCUGGAUGCGACCCCACAACCUCCAGUAGGGCGUAGAUCCUACGAAGGAGCAAUUCGUUACGCUUCACUUUUAUGGGAUAGUCCACCUGAUCCUAGUUUGGACAAAGCUACAGAAGAUAAGAUGAGGACUUUAACCCCACCGCUUGUACCUCCGAGAGCCGAACCCAACGAAAUUACGAAGUCUUUGAAUCGGUAG